GUCUUCAGACUUCAGCCCAUCAACAAUCAUCAAUCCACUGCCUCCUGCUGAUCGCCUCCAGUACAACUCUCGUUUCCACCCUUGGCGGGCCGUGAUCUCGUCGCCUGAUUGCACCUGGUUACUAAAUUUAUUGCCGCAUCUGACUGCGAGAGAGCGGAGAAGACGCACCCCAGACCAGGCUCUUGCAACUUGCAACUCCUCAGUGCUUGCAGGGUGGUUUUAUCCAGAGCAGAAAACUGCCAACCGUCCACUAUCAUCGUGAAACCACAGCCAUCUCACUUUUGUCGUACUGGCCCCGCCGGCAAAUCGCCAAGCCAAAACCCGCUCGAUAUCUAAACAGAUUCGGCCCGCUGCAGACGAUCGAUCCCACGGAGAUUACGCUGCGUCUACCCCCCUCAACUCGUCAUACCCCAUGCGUGUCCCCCUCGCGAGAACCGUGGACUAGAUAAUACCUCCGCUUUUCUUGUCCACUGGUCCUUGAACGCGUGGUCUUAUUUAUAUUUUACCGGGAAGAUCCAAUGUGGUGUGAGUUGGAACUGGAAAAGGUGUGAAAACUGUCUAUUACCCACAGCUGCGACACCAUUAUUCGAGCUGUACGGCGGAACUAGGAGCGUGCAUAUGCAUGCUUGAUCUGUCCUCCGGAAAUACCACUUUCAUUGAAUGAAUUAAUUUCUUCGGCUGCUUUAUCCUGCCGACUCCGGUUGCAACUGUGCCUUCUUGAAUACCACUAGACACUGCUCUGCUUACAGGAACCAUCCUUUACAAUUCAAUAUGAAAUCAGCGCAAGCGAAAACGCCGAACCGCCGUACCAGUGUCUACAAAGAGGUUCGGUUUUCACCAACUGCGACGCUACGCCGCACGAGAUCGAUGUCGGGAGGUAGUCCUCCCUUCAAGCAGCGAAUUGUUGGCACGAAAGCUCCCACAGAUGAUACAUUUUCCAUCCUAAGUACCUAUGUGGAACAAUCACAAUCUCUUCUAGAAAGCCAGAGGGCGCUCUUCGCGCAAGAGAGGCAGCUCUGGCAGAAAGAACGGGCGUUACUGAGGUCAAGGAUCGCAGAACUAGAGGCGUUGCUGAAGAAUCAGAGCGACGAAGACAUUACACCCUGUUCCAAUCCAUUUUCAUCAAAGUUUCUUGCUUCCUACAAUCUGCCGCAGAACUCGUCUGAAAGCGGCAAUGGCGAGAGCAGCCAUCAUCCCGUGUGGGAAGGCUCCAGCUCGCUAGGUAAACCUACGAGGGUGUUCGAGGCACCCGAGAAAGCAGAUAGCAACAAUCGUCUGUCUCCAUUUCAAGGGUUGAAUUCAAACCCACCACCUUCCCUUGAUGCUGCUCUUUCUCCCCGGUCCCGUCCCGUUGAUCAACCUGCGAAUCUCCCUCCUGCCAUACCUAUCGAAAGGCUCGAUAGCAAGCUCGAUGGAAUUUCCCUCAAGACAACUGCGUUGCCCCCUGAGGUGGCCUCUCGUGCAGUUAACUCGUCAUCACCAUCCCCGGAAUCGUCCAAUGCAAUUUCAGCCAAACCGCUGUCACCUUUGCCAAGCCCAAGCAUGAGGCGGAAAAGCAGCCUUAAGCUGAAGCUAGAGGAUUUAGCGAAGCCAGAUGAGAACCUAGUUAGGGACGCUGAACACACCCCGAUGGUGGUCGUCGACGGUGAGGCAGAUACGAAUCCGGCGUCAGACAACGAGGGGAAUGCUGCUCAUGACGAAAGCUCCCCCUCUCCGUCACAAGCGACGACGGAUAUCCCGCAGCCGGCAGAAAAUUCAAACAGCUACUUCCCGGACCUACCAGAGGCACCACCUAAUGAUCCGGCCUUAAAGGGACCGCUUUCGCUGCUGAAUGAUGAGGAGCACGACAGAGGUUUUCUCAAGGAGCUUCAUGAGAAACUCCUUAAUCAGACAAGGGAGAGAGAGCUUGGCUCGAUCAAUUCUUCCCAAGGCCCGUUUAACUUCCACAUUGAAGAGCAGACGGAUGAGCAGCUGACCAGUGAGGAACAGGUGCCGGCACUGAGAUUCAAGAAGACGACUAAUUUUGGCACCGCAUUUGGCAUACCCGUUUACCAGUUGAAAUCUUAAUGAAUAGCCAUACUCGCUUUUGGCUUUGUUUCUCUCGGAUGGGUUGUAUUUCUUCAUGUGAUAUGAUUUGGAUGUUAUCCACAUCUCUCUUUGGGAUGAGAUGGAGAUGAGAUGAGAUGAGUGCACUAUGUUCAAUGUUGAUAUGAGCAUUUACAUUCUUUGUCUUUCUGACUUUUUUUGAUAUCAUUCUGGUUUUCAUUAUUUUGUCUUGCUUUCUUCUUGCAUACUUUAUUUUUGGGUCUGUUGUUGCGAUGAAUGAAAUGAAUGAGUGCAUGAAUAUUAUUUUAUUUUGGAUACCAAGGCGUGACAUUUAUAGGAUAUUUUGACUUGACGUCAGUCUUUGCACCUGCUUCUUCCUUUCUUUCUCAGCUGGGAAGUGUCAUAGGAUGAAUCCCUAUGUCUUUGAAGAUUGCCAAGUUGUUUCAGGCUGCUGUUGGAUCAUAGGUCUCAUUCCUUAUUCUUUCAAGUGCUGCAUCUGUCACUAUAAUUCUCAAUUCCUAUGUCCUAAGGUAACCAUGUAUCAUUUCUAGAAAACAAGCAUAAAAGGAUGAU